AUGGACUUCUCACCUAAUUCAAGCUCGUUAGAAUUAACAAUAUCGAUUCCGAGUUUCUCUCCGUCUCCUUCACGCCCAUCAUCUGGUGAUCACAUGGUGAGAGAUUUGGACAUAAAUCUAACGCCAAAGACGGAAGAAGAUCGUGAGUGGAUCAUGAUCGGUGCAACACCACAUGUCAAUGAAGAAGAUAGCAACUCCGGCGGCCGGCGGCGCAAAAAGCUUCGCCUAACCAAAGAACAAUCGCAUCUUCUUGAAGAGAGUUUUAUACAGAAUCACACCUUAACCCCUAAGCAAAAACAAGAAUUGGCCACCUUUUUGAAGCUUAGUCAAAGACAAGUUGAGGUGUGGUUUCAGAAUCGAAGAGCUCGGAGUAAGCUAAAGCAUACGGAGAUGGAAUGUGAGUAUCUAAAGAGAUGGUUCGGGUCGUUGAAGGAGCAAAACAGACGGCUACAAAUAGAAGUUGAAGAACUACGAGCUUUGAAGCCAUUAUCGGUCUCGGCUUUAACCAUGUGUCCUCGGUGUGAACGUGUGACCGAUGCAGCAGAUAAUGACUCUAAUGCCGUCGAGGAGGGAGCAGCUCGGAGCAGCCAGUCACGCAUGACAAUUUCCUCUUCCUCUUCCCUCUGUUGA